AAAACAAAAAAGUAUUUUUAUUUCUAAAGGAUUUCUAAGCUUAUUUUACAUACUGAACAUAAUCUCUAACAUUGCUUAUAUAAAACUCAUUUUUUUUAAAAGGAGUAAAAGGAAAUGCAAAGGAAAUAUUGAAAAGAACCAAAAAAAAAAAGAAAAAGGGGAAGGCAGUAACGCGUUUGCAAAAAACAUGCCACAUUCACAAGGGAUUCAGAAGCAAACUCCAGAAAUAACCCACCAAACGUUUAAUCUCCACCAACACACACAGACGCAUAGAUGAUCACAACAUUAAUCAUUAAAUAACAAUUUUUAUAGGACUUGUGCCUGCUGAUCUGCUCUUUGUCAAACUCAUUCUCAUUCUCAAUCCAAAUCCCAUCUCUAAAAUUCCCAAAUUGUUCUCCCAUCAAGAAAAACAAAAAACAAAAAAAGAUUUCUCAAUCAAUCAGACAUACAUAAAGAUAAGAACACAACAAAACAAAAACAGUGGUACCCAGAAAGAAAGAGAGCGGAAGCUUACGUCUUUUUGGAGCCAAAUCAAAUCUGGCAAACCUUGGAGGUUUGAGGCCUCGCUUGUCGUUGAAGCAACCUAUAUACAACGACGACGACGAGGAGUGUAGGCCUUGGCGUCGAAGGUUCUCUAUGGCUUUCACUUGGGGUUCUGCGCUCAGGAUCACACUCCUCCUCCUCCUUGUGGCCGCUGUAGCCACUGCUUGUUUUACUCUCCCUGUUGAAAAGAUUUUGAAGGACUUCUUAUUAUGGGUUGAGCAGGAUCUUGGUCCUUGGGGUCCGCUUGUUCUGGCUGUUGCAUACAUUCCACUAACAGUCUUGGCAGUACCAGCUUCAGUACUUACCCUUGGUGGUGGUUAUCUUUUUGGCCUACCUGUGGGCUUUGUUGCCGACUCAAUUGGAGCCACUGUAGGUGCAGGGGCCGCCUUCCUUCUUGGCAGAACUAUUGGGAGAUCAUUUGUUGUUUCCAGGUUGAAGGAUUAUCCUCAGUUCCGUGCAGUUGCAAUUGCAAUUCGGAGAUCUGGAUUUAAGAUUGUUUUGUUGCUUCGUCUUGUUCCCUUACUCCCUUUCAACAUGUUAAAUUACCUCUUGUCUGUGACUCCUGUUCCAAUAGGACAAUACAUGCUAGCUUCCUGGUUAGGAAUGAUGCCAAUAACAUUUGCGCUAGUAUAUGUUGGAACAACUCUCAAGGAUCUUUCUGAUGUGACCCAUGGAUGGGGUGAAUUUUCAAAGACCCGUUGGGCUUUUAUCGUAUUGGGCCUCGCAGUAUCUGUAAUUCUAAUGAUUUGUGUGACAAGAGUUGCCAAGGCUGCGCUGGAAAAAGCUUUGGCUGAAAAUGAGGAUAUUGAUAUCAAUGCUACACCAGAAUUGCCUGUUGUCGCUGAAGCACCUGCGCAUCUCAACCAACCUCUUUUAAUCAAGAUAGACCCGUCUGAAGACAAUCAUGAAAAGUGAAAUCCCUGUUCUUUGUAAAUUCUUCUACCUACCUUCUUUCAAAGGGCCUAUGCCCUAUUUAAUACUCCAGCAUCUGGUACUUUUUAUUCAUUCCCUGUACAGUUUACCCAUAUUUUAGAUUGUAAUUUUGGACAAAUGUGGCUUAAUUGACCAUGAAGAUUGUAUUAUUUGACUGUAGCUUUGUCUUUUCACCUUGAAAUAAAAGAUUAGAAAAUCAUUGAGAUCAUUCUUGUGA